AUCUGACCAGAGUUGUAUCUGUUAUCACAUGUGAUAGUGACAUGGGGAAUAGUGUGACACUGUAAAUAAUGUUUGACUUCGAGAAAGUGCUUGUUUUUGUAGCGCACCUAUCACACUCACUGCUUUAUUUCCUAGAAGCUGUCAUUUAGGAAUUAUGUUAUAAAACUGCUUAUAUUUGACGUUCCGUCUAUUAAUAAAAACCGGUAAUGGAUCACAACAGCAUUUCGUGAAGCAAUAGUGUGUGGGCACCAGGUAUUGUACCAUAACGUAAUCCAACCGCGUCAGGGGUAAAUGACAGCAUAAAAUUGUAAUUUGGUUAGUAAACUUAUUAUAACUUCUACGUACGUCAUGUGUCUUACCCAAAUCAGACAGACACCUUAGUUCUGUGUGUAGUUAUUUUAGUAACCUUUAUACAGCUGUUUUAUAGCUGGAUAUACAGAAAAAUUAGGUAUGGCUGUCGCUCUACGUAGAGUUACUAUCGUCAGCGAAUUAUUCAGGAUAAAGGCAAGAAGACCUAUAGUUUAUUUAUAUAAAGCUUUAUCAAACACUCAGCCAGCGAUCAGUGUAGUAACAGAGAAGCAUGAAAGUCUGUUGACACGUAAAUUAACAGACCUAGUGAAGUGGUAUGAAGAAGUAACUGGAAUGGAUGAAGUCAGGCGAGCGCAAACUAGGGUACUUGAAGCUGAAGAAAAGUUUAUAGCCGCACAGGAAAGGAGGAGAGAAGCAAAUAAAGCUGUAACAGAAAUUCAAACCCAACUGAAGGAUAUACAUGCUGCCUUGGAUAGUACCACGAGAGGAGAGGAUCGUUAUGUUCAGCUAAUCACACAAGAACAUCAAAUACUGAAGGAAGAAAGGAAACUAAUGACUGAAUUUCAACAGUUAGAGAGGGAAGAGAGAGAAUACUUUUCCAUGCUUUCUUCAGCGGUUAAGGAAAGUCAUGAACAAGAGCGAGCACAAGCUGAAAAAACAAAAUACUGGUCAAUAAUUGGUUCCAUUAUUGGAACAGUAAUUGGAGUUGUCGGGAGCUCAGUUAAUAAUAGAUUAAAAAUGAAGGAAUUGCGGACAUUGAUAACCGAUUCUGUUGCAAAUAAUAAUGAUAGUGUAGGACUUCGUGCAGAAAUCUUGCCAAAGUAUGAGGAGGAGCUGUCUAGUGUUAUUGAUAAACUGAAAACUGUGGCAUCACUUUCAGAUGUUGAAGGGAUCCAGCAGUUGAAAGAUAUGGUUAACAAACUGAAUGAUGUAACCCGAGCUGAACACCACAAAAAUGUUGGUAACACAGAUGUUAUUACAGAUGCUUUGAACAAACAGACAGUAAUUAUAGAAAAAAAAUUGCAGGAGAUAAAAUCCACAAUACCUGUGUCUCACAUUCCGACUUCGGAAUUUGCAAAUGACAAAAUUACUGUUGUCACCAUUGAACAUGAACAGCAACUGCAAAGACAGCAGCGUACAACACAAUUACUAAUUGUUGGAUCAGCUAUCCUUGUUAUAACUGUACCUCACUUGCUUAAAUAUGUAGGACUUGUGUAAUGUUAUCUGUGCCAGUUAAAAAGAAGGUAAUAAUGGCAGCCACUGUGUGCGAAAAAUUGUUUAUUUUAUAAUUCUAAAUUGUUACUGCAGUGUUCGAUGUUACUACUUUACAUACGGAAGUUACGCUUUGUAAAUGUGUUGUAUUUUCUGCCAGCAAUUAGUAACAUGUUUUGUGUACAGCCAAUAUAUUGACAUUUUUUUCACAGUGUAGUGAAAAAGGACAAUGUGUGUUCUGUGCCUUAAAAAUGCUUAAAACAGGUGUAUUGGUAUACAGCAGAAUAUUUCCUCUUCUGUGCACUACUACAACUUUAAUUUUCUUAUUGUGUAUGUUACACAAUUUUUAUACAAUUUUGUUAUAUCAUAAAAUGGCUCAAGUCAUUGCAAAAUGUGAGUGCACACAGUGACAUAUUUCUUGAUCAUGUAACCAGUCAGCGACACACAGUAAUUGUAACAGCCCUUGAAUUAUUACCAAUGGACAGGAAUAAUUAUACAAACAAUUUUAAUUUUUGGUAAUGUGAUUGGCAAGAUAUUAUGUAUGUAUAUAUGGAGAGGGGGGGGGGGGGGUGGCAUUGAGUUUU